GCAGAUCACUCAAGUUGACAAGUGUUCCUGUCUAUGCUCUGCACACAUAUUCAAUUAUUGACUGGGCUUUUACAGAUACAGUAGAGAAAAAAGGAAACAUAAACAAUGGGAGCAUCUUCCUCUGGCUUGUUAGAUGACACCAAAAUCAGCCACAUCAAAGGACUUGUUGAUAGUUCCUUCCAGAGUUUCAGCGGGUUUUACCGUCAGCAGUACUCUGUGGCCUACCUUGGAUACUUACACCAGGAGGUGGAACCAAAUAAAGAAGGCCGGGGUCUUUUGCUCACACAGAGGCCUCCGUAUAAUCCAGAGGAGGUGCUGUACCAAGAGAAUGUUAAAAUCUCCUGCUGGGAUGAACAAGGAAAGAAAUGCAGAGAAAGAUAUGUCGUCUUACGAAGGGACUACAACGUAGAAAUACAUGACAACAUGGAGGCUUUCAAUCGUGGAUGUGCAGCUAAGUUGGUCCUCCAGCCAGCAGGAGGUAUUUUGUUCACCACUGAGAAGGAAUCAAGAGCUCAGUUGGAGAAAACCUGCACCGGGAUACUAAAUGGAGUGAAGGAGGAUACUUCUUCGGGGAUAUUGUCUCCGGAUAUAUUUGCUGUAUAUCUCCACCUGCCUUACACAGGCCACACCUGCUUCCUGUUUCAACAAGCAGAGAAACGAGAUCACUUCCUGUCUGACCUGAAGACCUGUAUUAAGCACAGCAACAUUGACCCCUGGCAUACUUCUUCCCAUGAAAGCAAGGCAUACGCCCAUGCCCUCCGCCUCUACCAACAAGAGAAAGGAUGCUAUGAAUCCUGGGAAAAGCUGCUGGGCACUGAGGAACAAGUACUGGCCUCCCAGGUGAUGGAGGAAUUGUUGCCAUGGUUACAAAGUCAGCUUCAAUCCAAGGUGAAGGGCAAGAAGACUGAAAGAAUACGACAGUGGCUGGCAACAAUGCAGGCAACCUACGCGCUGGUGUCGGAGCACCUGACAGCAGGGCUGGAGACUUUAAGAGAGGAUUGUCGAAAGACAGCAUCAGCCAGUCAGGCUCUAAUCCGAUCCGACCUGGACCAGAUCAUGACCUCUCAGCACUUCCUGGAACAGAAAGUCAGAGCGUGCAUAUAUGAAGAAGCAGAGAAAGUGUGCAGUGAGUCGAUAGGACCCUACUUGUCCUCCAUCCUUGAAGUGCUUACAGGAAACAUUGGCGCAGGGAUUCUGGGGAUGCAGCACACACUCCGCACACAGAUGGACUCGGCUUUUUCUCUCACAAAUGGAGGGACAGAGGAGACAAAGAAGGUUUUGACCAAUCUGCACUCCAUCAGUUUGGAUGAGAGCUACAAAAAGGUGGAGGACCUGAUGGAAAAACUUACAGACUUAAAACAACGGUUUGGAUUGAGCAGUGCUAAGAGACUGGUUCACUCUGCACAUCUGGAGAUGGAAAAGCUGCUAGACAGUGCUGUCUACACCUUGGAGCAAUUUCUCCAGUCAUCAACCAAACUGCAGCCCUCUGAGGUUCCUCUGAAGAUGGACAGAGCUAAAGAAAGAGUAUUCAAGCAGCUAGACUAUGACAGCAGAGUGGUCCAGAGGAGGCUCUAUCAGGAAGCUCUGCUGGAGAUUACCCUGCCUUCGCUCACCAGGAGAAUGGACAGCAAAUGGAAAAGUGACCUCCAGCAGUUCGAGCAGUAUAUUUUCUCUGACUACAGCAAUUUCAUCCUGGUUCAUAAUAUCUAUGAUGAUGUUCUGAGAAACAUCCUCACUAAGGAGAUAGAGACAGUGGUUCAGGACGCUGCCAGUAAGAAGAGCAACAAUCUCCUGUUGGACACAUCUGAUUUAGCCAUUAGCCAGUACAGUCUGCUGGGACAGACACCUCCUCAUUCUACACCAGACACCCCAGUCAUUCAUACACGCUCCUCCUCAGGGCCCAAUAAUGAUCAAGAAGCUCCUCCUGUGGUUGAAGAUAGAGAUCAAUUAACUGAUGUUUCCCCUCAGAAUGAUGCAGAACUUAAGGUCAACACCAAACCAGACCCCAGCAUUUCUCAAGCAUCAGACCACAACACAAUACUUCAGUGUCCUGUGAUUGUUCUGACAGAGGCUCCACAGGUCAAAGAAAUCACAGAAGAAGGGACAGUCAGAUGUGACACACCGUCAUCAACAGAUUCAACACAAACCGUAUCCUACAACUCAGAGGCAGCUGUUACACAUGAGGUAGAUACGGCUAAUCCACAGACUGAUCCAGGAUCCACCAUCCCAGAUCAGCCUGAUCCACAGAUUGACCUAGGAUCCACCAUCCCAGAUCAGCCUCAUCCACAGAUUGACCUAGGAUCCACCAUCCCAGAUCAGCCUCAUCCACAGAUUGAUCUAGGAUCCACCAUCCCAGAUCAGCCUCAUCCACAGAUUGACCUAGGAUCCACCAUCCCAGAUCAGCCUGAUCCACAGAUUGACCUAGGAUCCACCAUCCCAGAUCAGCCUGAUCCACAGAUUGACCUAGGAUCCACCAUCCCAGAUCAGCCUGAUCCACAGAUUGACCUAGGAUCCACCAUCCCAGAUCAGCCUGAUCCACAGAUUGACCUAGGAUCCACUAUCCCAGAUCAGCCUCAUCCACAGACUGACCUAGGAUCCACUAUCCCAGAUCAGCCUCAUCCACAGACUGAUCCGGGAUCCACCAUCCCAGAUCAGCCUCAUCCACAGACUGAUCCAGGAUCCACCAUCCCAGAUCAGCCUCAUCCACAGACUGAUCUAGGAUCCACCAUCCCAGAUCAGCCUCAUCCACAGAUUGACCAAGGAUCCACCAUCCCAGAUCAGCCUCAUCCACAGACUGAGCCGGGCUCUACCAUCCCAGAUCAGCCUGAUCCACAGAUUGACCAAGGAUCCACCAUCCCACACUCUCCUGACCCCUCUCCUCUAGCCUUGCCCCAGCUGACCAAUGUCCACAUUGGAUGUAAUCAAAACGAUCAUUCUGCAACACCUGAAAAACCCACAACUCCUUACCUCUCAUCCUCAGAUCAAAUAUCAGAGGAGGCCUCUUCCACCCAGUCUCCUUCCCCAUCACACUCACCUGAAAUUGAUUAUCCAAUGAAAAUAAGUCUUGGGUCACUGAUGGAUGGGAUUGCUCCAUGCUCCAAAGAACCUGUGAUGAAGACGCUGGUACAGCAGCCCACUGACAGAGCUGUCUACUUGACAGGAGAAAUCAAAGACAACUGGGAGGUGGAGAGAGUAAAAGAGCAGCAACAGAAAGAAGCAACAGAGAAAGAGGGAUGUGAGAUGAUGAAAGAAGGUAGAAAGGAAGAAGAGAAAGGUGAAGAGCAAGCAAAAGGUGUAGCUCAAACAGCAGGCGAGACGAUCAAUGAAGACUGCAGCUCGUCAUCAUCACCAAGAGACGGUGAUGUUGUCUUGACCCCAGGGCAAACGGUGAGUGAAGGACUGGAAGACAAGUCAGGUCAUCUUGAGUCUGAAUUCAAGGGUGAGACUCAAAAAGAUGAUGAGAAAAAUUUAGCAAAAGAAGAUCUUGCAAAAGAAGAAGAAGAGAAAGAGGAGGUUCUUCAAAGUUCUCAGCCAGUGGAACCACAGGUAGAGAGUGCAGCUGAGCCACCGCUAGGCAGCGUGGCAAUUAUCAGAGAACUUGUGACUGAGAUCACCGAAGUGGAGACAGCAAUAGCCCCAUGCCCCACCAGCAGCAGCAACACACCUUGACAUAAAUAUCACCGUGACAACCACAGCCUCCACUCCUGGAUCUACCAGUCAGUUCAACAUUAAACAUCAUAACAUCAAAAUUUCUUACUAAAUGGUACAGAGAGGUGAGACGAAAACCCAGUCAUUGCUCUCAGGUUAUGUGUCAACUUUAAUAUUUUUACAUGCCUUUUUUUUAGUUUUUCUAAUCCUGUAGUGAGCUGUUUAUUAUAAAAAUCUUCUUUUUUAUACUUUAACAAAGACUUCAUAAUACUGAAACGGUUUAAGUGAUCUAAUAAAGACUUUCCUUAAA